AUGCCUGUUCACCAUGUCAAAGUUGAUUCAGAACUUACUGAUAUUUUAGGGAAAGCUAAAGCAACUCCUGUAAUUGUUGAUUUCUUUGCUAUCUGGUGUGGACCAUGUAAUAUGAUUGCUCCAACAUUUGAAAGCUUAUCCAAUAAGUAUUUAAAUGUAAAAUUUGUCAAAGUUGAUGUUGAUAAAUGUAAAGGAUCAGCUAUGGCUCAUGGAGUUCAAGCAAUGCCUACCUUUAUAAUGUUUCUUAAUGGUACUAAACAAGAAGUAUUGAAGGGUGCAAAUCCAGGUGCAUUAGAGCAGUUGAUUGCAAAAUUUUCUAAUGCAACUCCAAGUGAAGAAUCUCUUGUUCCUGGUCAAAAUGAUUUGAAGCAAUUUAUUAAUAAGAAAGGAUUAGAAUGUUUGAAUGAAGAUGACAAUCAUACAUUUUCUGAUUUUAUGGAUGGAAAAUGUGUUCUUAAAAGUGAUUGUGAUGAACAACUAAUUAUGAAUAUACCAUUUAAUGUUCCGGUGAAACUUCAUUCAAUAUAUUUUAAAGGAUCUGGACCUAAAGCACCAAAAAGUGUAAAAAUCUUUUCAAAUGUUCCACAUACAAUAGAUUUUGACAAGGCUCUUGCCUCUGAAGGUGUUCAGUCUUUUGAUCUAGAUGAAGCAAAAUUAAGUGAAGGAGAAAUUGUAACCUUACGUUAUGUAAAAUUUCAAAAUGUUCAAAAUAUACAAAUAUUUAUUGAAAACAAUCAUGGUGAUGAAGAUGUUACUGUUCUACAAGAUUUAAAAUUAUUUGGAACACCUGUUACUGCCGUUGAUAUGACUAAUUUUAAAAGAGUUGCUGGAAAAGCUGGUGAAGCUCAUGUUUCGAUAGGACUUUUUUUUUUAAUAAAAAUAAUUAUUAUCAUUUAUUCAGAUUUUGGCUAA